GCUCGUAUAUCGCAUUUUUUGACCUGAUGCCGGCCUUUUUGAAUCUUUGCGACUUAAUAUUCGGAUAGAGCAUGAAAAACUGCAUCGAACUGAUAUAGUCUCACUUAAGUUCAAAAGUGUUCAGUAGACUGGAAACUCCAGAAAGAGGAAUGACCAUGUUUAUCCUAUCGAGAUUCUGGUCGUAUUUCGCUGUAAUAAGUAGCUAAACAUUUCGGAUUGUCCUUAUUCAUUAAGAUUUGGAUAGAGCUUGGAACUUUGCAUCUAAAAAUACUUUUCUAGAUCCCCUAGAGACUAAUACAUGUGAAAGCAGGGUCAAAAACCCGGUUUGGACCUCGAAAUUCGUAUAUAAGAAAAAAUGAUCCAGUUUUUCAGCAUUACAUUUUUGAACUUCGAGACAGCGAUAUUCGUGAUCAGCAUCGUCGACUUGUCAGUUCUAGUCACUCUUAAGAAAAAAAUUUCGAAAAAACGUUUUUCGAAACCAUGUGGGGGGGUACAGGGGUCGAAAACCCGGAAGUGAUUUUAUGGAAAAUCAACAUGCUAGAUUUGUAGCCCAUAUCGAUCUUAUAACACUGAUAUAGUUAUUUCUUGAAAAUAUCUGGGGUUGAAAAAUGGCCUUAUCGCCCCUCCUCCUUUUAAUAUCUACAAAAUAUCUAGCUUCACUAUAUUUUACUAUUAUGACCAGCUAGUAAUUGGUUUUUCGAUCAAAAAGAGAGGAUGCACCGUCUGCAACAGUAAAUUUUGAAUGUCUGUUAAAACCAUUUUACUUGUUAUGCAAUUUAUAAUAAACAAUGUUCUUGUCAUACAAGAUCAGUAAUGAAUUAAUUGACUGGUCAUGGAAACAAUUCAUGCUCAAGUGAUGCACUUUCUCUUUUUGUUAGCCUAGUAUUAAGUGAUAUGGCUCUAUACGACAUCGACAUCUUCUACUCGACUAAAGUGUAGAAAAAUAAAGUAACAAUGACAUAAAUGUCUAUUUUGUGUGGUUGUAUCACAACUCUUUUUCCAUAAUUUGCUUUGUGCGUUAAGUUGGUUUGUAUAAAUAGUAAUGCAAACAAUUCGAUACUGAGUGUGUAUAGCAAUCAUAUGUAUUGUAUAACGUGAGCUAUGCACAAUUCUGAUAGAUUUUUCACUAAUAAAGUCUAAGCUAGCUUUUCCUGAUGGUUAAUGUGAAUAGCAAAAGUAAAACUAAACAUUUGAAGUUGACUUUCAUUCUAUAGCUCCUGUUUUGUUGGUGAAAUUGUGUCUAUCUUAAAAACUACUUAGAUAUUAUUUCUCGUUUCUAAAAUAUUUUUAUAUUAGGUUGUAUAAUUGUCUUUGAUAUGGGUGAGAAUGAUCGAUCAUAUGAUCUAUUGGUAUUAUUUGAUAAUGUUUUUAUAUAUUAUAGGCAUAAUAUUUUUCAGCUGAUUCAUAAUUUAGUUGUAAAUGAUAUUCUUGAAAUAUUGAAAAUACAAUGAGUUGAUUCCGCACGAUUAUUCUCUAAUACCAAAGAUGCAUUGACAAUAUUUUAACUGACUUCUCCAAUUCAUUACCAAUUAAACAAAAAUCAUGUUUCAAAUUAUCAAGCAGAAAUUCUACCAUCUGAAUUGAUAUAGAAAUCAGUUUGACAUAUUUCAGUGAUAUAUUAAAAUUAAAAAGAAUCUGUGCUACUCAUUUCAUACAGAACUUGGAAACGUUUUUGUCACCAGGAAAAUAAUUACUAGAAUCCGAAAAUAAUACGAUACAAGGUUAGUGGUACUAAUUGAUGAUAAAAAAACCCUGCUAAAUACAGAUGACAAGAAAAGUCUUCUGAAGGGUGUAGGUUGAGUGUAGACCAAAGGCACACGCACAUGCACACUCACACCCUCAUCGUUAAUUUUGGUUGGCUUAUGAUUUGCUAGACACAGAAUUUUGCGAAGAAUCGAUUGGUAUCAAAAUACAGCUACUUUGGAAGUGCCUAUAACGACUUUAGUUAUAAAUACUGGCAUGCACUUUUCUAGUAUAAAUGUAUGAUUCAUACACAGAAAAAUCAGACAUGUAUGUUUUUCCCAAAUGAAUCAUUUCGUAUCAAAAAUUAUGUCAAUCGACUAUCUAUUUCAGCUCGAAUGGUUGAAAUAUUGUUGAGUAAUGACGGAAAUAUUGCUCCAAAUGAGCAUGAAAAUCAUAUUCUUAUAUGAAUAUUUUUGUUCACUUCUACUGACUACUUUCUCAAUGUCUCGAUAAAGGAAAACAACAACAUGGGGGUUUUUGAUUGAUUUUGAAAGCUCGAAAGAAGGGCUACAAAGCCAGAUAUUUUUCGAUUAUUUCAAAAGUGGUUUUUGUUGUAAAAGAUGACCUGAGUUUCAUUGGGAUAUCCGUUUUUUACAUUCUUUUUUUACAGAUCUUCGACAUCUUUUCAUUGGAAAAAAUAGGAUUUGAGUCAAAACUAAUAAUGUUUUUGGAAUCAGAAUAAAGAAAACUAAGUCAACUUACAUAGAUUUCAACGUUUUUCGACGAACCUUUUUUUUUCUUGACAAACUAACCUGGUUUCCCCAGGUCCAAUCGAGUGUUGUGUUGGUAUGGGUGUGGGUGUGGUUCUUGUCUUGUUUGAUAACCACGCCCACGCUCCACACCCAACCCUACGUACAUCCACACCCACCCUUCUCAUUCUAUGUCAUCAUUCACUCGUAUAUUUUAUGUACUGUUCUCACGUAUCUAUUGAUAUGUUUUGUCCUUACUCUAUUGCUCUUCUAUAUGUGUUCUCUCCUUGGCCUCAUCACUUUUUUAUUCUUACGUUGUUCUCUCCUUGGCCUUAUCUUCUUUCUUUUCAUCCUCUCUUAUUCUAGUCGUGUAUAUAAGCGUGUGCUUUAUACGUAAACGAUACGAUUGUAUGAUAUAAGGGAAUAGUAUAAAGUGUGUCACCAAUCAUACUAACAUUCCUGGUAUCAUUGAUCGUCACAAGACGAUUAUGUGAUAUGAAGGAAUAGAAUAAUGUGUAACUCCAUCGAUACGAACAUCCCUUCUAUCAUUUUUCGUCACAGUAAUGUACCUUUUUUUUCAGGGUACUUUUAUGCCAAGCAAACGUUUUCUCUAGGGGCUAUGUAUACUCUUGGUUUUUACGAUUACACUUUAUUUCAUCAUAAGAUACAUGCGGUAUCCGACGACGAAAAGUAACAUAGUGUUCUCAUAUAAUCCUGGAAUUGAACACUUAACAGUAUUGUCAAAGAAUCUGAGAGCGAAUGCUGACAAUAACAACAUUAUACGAUACGAUACUUUUACUAAGUUCACUAUAUUACCACCUUUAUUUCAUCAGUUAUUGAUGCAAACGCCGGAAAAGAUUUAUUCAGCUCAAUCUGAAAUUAACAGUUGUAGAAUGCUGCACAGUGGUACACGUACUGAACUCAUUGAUGGGAAGAUUUAUAGAGUUGAAUGGCAGCAUAAACUAUGGAACAAUACUGAUUUGGAAGAGUUUUUUAUGUAUGAUUCUACCAGUAACAAACCGCUCAUUUUUACUAAUAGUAUUGAUCAUAAGCAUUCACCUCAGCUACAUUUGAAGCAAUUCAUUACAAAGCAUUUUUGUACAUUUCAAUCACCGUCUAAAAACGAUGAACAUUGUCAAACUACAAGGAAUGUUUUACACGAACGGCUCUAUGCUAAAUUAGCGGAUUUAAUAUAUGAAAAAUUGCAAUUAAAAAACUCAACAGAGCAUCUACUGACACAUGGUGACACGAACUUUCUGCUUAAACUAACUGAUGUGUUUAGAUUCUUCAUUCUAUAUAUAUUUGGAGGCAUAUAUUUGGAUGCUGAUACGUAUUGCGUGAAAUCUUUAGGCCCUUUGUUGUCUAUACCACCUUAUUCGCACCUAAUAAAUUCAAGCAAAACGACAAAUGACAUUCGUAAUGUAUCUAAAGAAGUUUAUACCAGCUUUGGAGCCUAUGAAAGCGAAACUCAAAUUGGCGAAUUAAUAGGUAGUAGUAUUUUAGGCUCCAUGCCACAUUCUGAGAAUCUUUUCCGAAUGAUAUUUGAAUAUUUGACGAGGGAACCUCAUUAUUCUGCAUUUAAAAGCUUAAAAACGGAAGCAUGGAAGACAAGUGGACCUGGCCUGAUAACUGAUCAUAUCGCCUUAAUGACCAGGCAAAAUCGAAAUUUCAAUUUCCAAAUAUAUCCUUCACACCUAUUUUAUCCUAUACAUCACUCGGAUAGAGAAAUAAUACACAGUUUUCAGCGAAAUGCUACAAUAAUGUUCAAUUAUAUUCGCACAAAAUACCCGCAUUGUUUCUCAAUACAUAUGUUCGGGUCAACAAUUAAAAUGAUUUGACGACGAUUACACAAACGGUUUCAAUGUAAUAUGAAAAACAGGCUUCUUACGGUUAUGUCGCACGUUAAUAUAAUCAUUCUUUUAUGUUAUUCUCUAUCUUCUUUUAUCUUCUUUUGAUCUCUAUUGGUAUCUUUUUCUUUUCGUUCUUCAUAUAUGUAUUAUAUAUGUUCUCGUUUGUUUUUAUUCCUUACAUAAUAAAGUUCGUGCAUAUACAUCAGCACAUAUAAUAUCUAACAUAUAUAACAAAUAAAUAAAUAAAUAAAUAAAUGAAAGAAAGAACGAAAGUCUAACAAUUGGCGACCCUGCAAAACAACAUUAAAAAAAAACAAUGAACAUUAUCAUCAACAAACAAGUAUUGAUUAUCAUUCAAAUUAAUCAUUUUAAUAUAUUUCACAUAAGAGUCUCUCAAUAAAGAGACUUGAAAUUUUUAGAGGCUUUUAUAAAAAAGACUCGAAUAAAUUUUAUAUUAUAUUAUUGAUUUAAUAGUUAAACAUUAUAUUUCAUGAUUAGGUGAGACAAUCCUUUCUGUUUCAUGCUAUUAUUUAUGCACAAAUAUAAGGAAUACUUUUAAGUAAACCGUAAACUUUUUGGGAUUUUCAAAAAAAAAAUUCAUAUUGCAAAUUUUUUUUAGAAAAUUAAAUUUCAAAUCAAAAAUAGACAGGGAAUCAACAUAAAAUAAAUCGUGUAUAUUUCGUUGCUUGAAACAAUUCUAAACCGAGAAUCUAAUAAGAAUUUCGUUCAUAUAUUCAUUUGUUUUUGCAUUUAAUUGGUUCUUCUAAUUACUCAUUUACCGUGAUAUUAAUCAUUAUAAUUAUAAUAUAUUUAUAACGGCUACCAGAACAAUAUGUCAAGUUAAGCAAAAUGAUAAAACACUAUUGUCACAUACUAUUAUUACCAAUUCAUUGUCUCGUGUACGAUCACAACAUAAUCUUCGCAUAAAUUCAAUAUGAUAUUUUAAUAGAAAGAAAAUAGCUGAUUCAACAUUAUUAGCAAAAGCUCGAAAAGCUCAAUUCGAUGAUUUACCAAAUUUUUCCGAACACCCUUUUGAGGAUGUCGCACGAUUUUUAAAAAGCAUCAAAAAUAUUACAACAGCUAAUGAUGAAUCAGAAAAUUAUGAAAUUCUUGAAAUCGUUCGUAGUAAAUUAGCUCAAUCGGCAGGAUUAUAG